AUGGACAGAGACCAGAACGAGCUGCAAUUCCUAGGGUUCCUCGGCAUCUACAGGGAGACAUCCAAGAUCAUCCUCAAAUGGAGGAAGAUAUUCGCCCAGAUCACGCUCGCUCUCAUCCUCCCUUUCUGCGUCAUCUUCCUCGCCCACUCCUUGGUCUCACAGCUCCUCUCCUCCAAGAUCCUCGACCACGAGAUCACCCGAAGCGACACCUGGAAGGAUGACCCGGAGUACAGGGACCUGUCCCGCACGCUCAAGAAGGAGUGGGUUGCUUUCUGGCUCGUCAGGGUCGGCUACUUCAUCUUCAUCUUCAUCUUCUCUCUCCUUUCAACCGCAGCUGUUGUCUAUACAGUAGCCUGCGUUCGCGCUGCCAAGCAGAUUAGUUUCAAGAAGAUCAUGAGCAUCCUGCCCAGAGUGUGGAAGAGGCUCAUGGUCACUUUUUUCUGGUGCUUCGCACUCUUCUUGGUGUACAACGUUGUGGCUGUGGGGCUUCUGAUUGUAUGGCUUGUCGUGGUGAGGCAAUUUUCGGUUGGUCCUGCACUUGGGAUUGCCGUGGCAGUAAUUCUCUUGAUCUUGUACAUCGUUGGGUUUGUUUAUAUCACAAUGAUUUGGCAAUUGGCGAGCGUGAUCUCGGUUCUUGAAGAUGCGUAUGGAAGGAAGGCGAUGGCGAAGAGCAAGAGACUGAUAAAGGGCAAGAUAGGCCUAUCGGUUUGGUGUUUUCUUGGUGUCUUGGUGUGCUCCGUACUGGUUCAGGCACUGUUUGAAUUCUUCGUGGUCUUGGACUUUGUUCCUAUCGGAAUCAGGAUUGGGGUUGGGCUGAUCUGCUUGCUGUUGCUGUCGAUGCUGGUGCUGUUCGAUUUGGUCGUGCAGACAGUGAUCUACUUCGUCUGCAAGUCCUACCACCACGAGAACAUCGACGGCUCCUGCUUGUCUGAUCAUCUCGAGGGCUGUCUUGGAGGAGACUGUCCCUCUGAAGGCCAAAAGGCUGUCCAGCUUGAGCAACUUCAAGUCUGA